AUGGCAGCGGUUAUGAAAUUAAAAAACCUUGAAGGUUAUCUAAGUAAUGUAGCAGGUUUUUCAAAACCUAAAAUACAAUUUGAACAGUAUGAGACACCAGCACAUAUAGCUGCUACAUCUUUGUAUUGUAUGCAGACACAAUUCAAUGCACUAGAAGACAAGGCAGUACUUGAUGCAGGAUGUGGUCCAGGUAUGCUUGCACUUGGAGCUUCCCUCCUUGGUGCUGGAGCCGUUACCGCAAUAGACAUAGAUGAAGAUGUUCUAGAAACUUUACAAGAGAACAUUGAUGAAAUGGAGGUCACAAAUAUAGAUAUUAUACAGUGUGAUUUUUUAAAAUCAAAUAUUUUUAGAAACAAUAAUCAAUUCGAUACAGUGAUAAUGAAUCCGCCGUUUGGGACAAAAAACAAUGCUGGAGUAGACAUGAAGUUCUUACAGAUGGGACUGAGUUUAGCUUCUGAUAGUGUUUUCUCACUACAUAAAUCAUCUACAAGAUCACAUAUUCAAAAGAAAGUUAAAGAGUGGGGAGUCCAAGGUACUGUCGUAGCAGAACUGAGGUACAACCUGAGCGCCUCAUACAAGUUCCACAAACAGCAGUCUCGGGACAUUGCUGUAGAUCUAUGGAGGUUGCAUCACUGACUAGACAAUUUUUUGUAUUUAUUUAUACAAUGUAAGAAAUGGUUAAGUGUAAAAUGAAUUCCAGCGUGAAUUAAAAGUAAGUUUUUAAAUAAUUA